AUGGAUCUUACAGUUCAACUUCCUGUUCACAUUGCACAUUCCGCAUCUUUACAACCGGCUCCUAUAGCCGAAGCAGUUUUGAAUGUAUUUCCAAAUCAUUAUAAUAUGAUGGACGAAUUAGCCCCUGCAUCACCUUACGCGUAUAUUUUAGCAUUGAACCUUCGAGAUUUGGAGGUUAUGGAAAAUAGGAAUUUGUCACCACCUAACUCAGAAUAUGAACUUGUUAAUACAUCACACGAACCGGAGGAUGUUAAAAAGUGGCUCGAGAAGCGACAUAAUAAUCAAUCUGAAACAUCAAGCCCAGCUUUGUCGGAUGGAAAACCUGUUGUUACACCUGGUGAAAAUCUAUUUGGGCAUAUAUUAUUCGAAGCCAAGAAAUUGCAACAAAAUAUUCCUUUUGAUUCGAAUGGUCAAGGAACCACUCCAAUUGAUAUUCCAAUACAUGAUUCAUCAGAUUCAUUUAAACGAAAUGAGAGUUUAGUAUCCUCACCAUCAGGAUUAACUCUAUUAAUGAGGAAAAAGGCGUCAAUUCCUACAAUUCAUGAUAAAAGUUUGAACAUAUACGAGAAUGCAUCCAACGAAAUUCCAAAGAAUAGGCCUCGUAGAAAGCUUCCACCUCCUCCAACAACACCAGCGCCAGAAAUGAACUGUAAUAUGACAGACCAUUCAUCAAUUAAUCCUAUCCCGGAUGAAAAUCCAAUUCCUAAAACGAAAAUGCGUCGCAGAUUACUUGCCGUUUUAACUUCUCCCCAAAAUCAAUAA